CAUUGCCUCCGUAUUUUGCCACUACUUGUUGGAUUUAUGCAUCGUCUAUUACUGUCUUACGUAGUAGCUUCCUUUUCUCAUUACUUGCUUGCUUUUUUAUAGUCUUGAAAUGAGUUCACGGGGCGUAGAACUUGUUAAGAAAAAGAAGGCUGAUGAGGAUGAUGAGAUGGUGUUUCUUAUCUUUCCAGCAUUGUACUUUCAUCUAAUGGGUAGUAGGGAAAAAACCCAACGCCAUAGUUCCAUUCUCUACGGCAAGAGGAGGGUUAAGGGUCUCCUAGAUGGGCACAUUAAAAACUGUCGGGCAGCCUUUAGGAUGGAGCCACAAAUAUUCAGAUGGUUGGCAUCCUACCUUAGAAAUGAGGGCUUAAUAUUGGACAGUAGACUUAAGGUGGAAGAGAAACUCGCCUUCUUCCUGUACAUGCUAUCCCAUAACGCAUCAUUUGAAGAUCUUCAAGUUGAGUUUCAGCAUAGCGGGUCCACUUUCCACACCUACAUAAAAGAGUUCUUCAACAUCACUCCCACUUUAGCAAGUCGCUUUGUGAGGCCUCCCAACAUUGCUGAACCGCAUCCAACGAUUGCUAUGGAUGAUCGAUUCUUCCCCUACUUCCAGAAUUGCAUAGGUGCAAUAGAUGGGUCACAUGUGCCCGUCUCUCUUACUUCCGAAAGUCAAGCACCAUGGAGGAAUAGGAAAGGCUCCCUAAGCCAAAACGUAAUGUUUGCGUGUGACUUCAACAUGAAUGUAACUUUUAUCUCAUGUGGUUGGGAGGGUUCCGCCACCGACGCGAGAGUUCUCAGCUCUGCUAUGCUCAAGGGUUUCCAAGUACCACCGGGCAAAUUUUAUCUUGUAGAUGGUGGUUAUGCGAACACCCAGUUUUUUCUUCCAUAG